AAAGAGGGGUAUUCUCAUGGGUUUGCCUUGGUAUCGUGUUCAUACUGUUGUAUUAAAUGAUCCCGGCCGCUUACUUUCUGUCCAUAUAAUGCAUACGGCUCUGGUUGCUGGUUGGGCCGGUUCGAUGGCUCUAUAUGAAUUAGCAGUUUUUGAUCCCUCUGAUCCUGUUCUUGACCCAAUGUGGAGACAGGGUAUGUUUGUUAUACCCUUCAUGACUCGUUUAGGAAUAACCAAUUCGUGGGGCGGUUGGAGUAUCACAGGAGGUACUACGCCGAAUCCGGGUAUUUGGAGUUAUGAAGGUGUGGCUGGAGCACAUAUUGUGUUUUCGGGCUUGUGCUUUUUGGCGGCUAUCUGGCAUUGGGUCUAUUGGGAUCUAGAAAUCUUUUGUGAUGAACGUACAGGCAAACCCUCUUUGGAUUUGCCAAAAAUCUUUGGAAUUCAUUUAUUUCUUGCAGGGGUGGCUUGUUUUGGUUUUGGCGCAUUUCAUGUAACAGGAUUGUAUGGUCCUGGGAUAUGGGUGUCCGAUCCUUAUGGCCUAACCGGAAGGGUUCAAUCCGUAAAUCCCGCAUGGGGUGUAGAAGGUUUUGAUCCUUUUGUUCCGGGAGGAAUAGCCUCUCAUCAUAUUGCAGCAGGGACAUUGGGCAUAUUGGCGGGCCUUUUCCAUCUUAGUGUACGUCCACCCCAACGUCUAUACAAAGGAUUGCGUAUGGGAAAUAUUGAAACCGUCCUUUCCAGUAGUAUCGCUGCUGUAUUUUUUGCAGCUUUUGUUGUUGCUGGAACUAUGUGGUAUGGUUCAGCAACAACUCCGAUUGAAUUAUUUGGCCCCACUCGUUAUCAAUGGGAUCAGGGAUACUUCCAACAAGAAAUAUAUCGACGAGUUAGUGCUGGGCUAGCCGAAAAUCAAAGUUUAUCAGAAGCUUGGUCUAAAAUUCCCGAAAAAUUAGCUUUUUAUGAUUACAUCGGCAAUAAUCCGGCAAAAGGGGGCUUAUUUAGAGCGGGCUCAAUGGAUAAUGGAGAUGGAAUAGCCGUCGGUUGGUUAGGACAUCCUAUCUUUAGAGAUAAAGAGGGGCGUGAACUUUUUGUAAGGCGUAUGCCUACUUUUUUUGAGACAUUUCCAGUUGUUUUGAUAGACGGAGACGGAAUUGUUAGAGCCGAUGUUCCUUUUCGAAGAGCAGAAUCGAAGUAUAGUGUUGAACAAGUAGGUGUAACUGUUGAGUUCUAUGGUGGCGAACUCAACGGAGUCAGUUAUAGUGAUCCCGCUACUGUGAAAAAAUAUGCUAGACGUGCUCAAUUGGGUGAAAUUUUUGAAUUAGAUCGUGCCACUUUGAAAUCAGAUGGUGUUUUUCGUAGCAGUCCAAGGGGUUGGUUUACUUUUGGACAUGCUUCGUUUGCUCUUCUCUUCUUUUUCGGGCACAUUUGGCAUGGUGCUAGAACUUUGUUCCGAGAUGUUUUUGCUGGCAUCGACCCCGAUUUGGAUGCUCAAGUAGAAUUUGGAGCAUUCCAAAAACUGGGCGAUCCGACUACAAGAAGGCAAUCUAAUCUAAUAAACAGGUAUGAAAGAUUUAUGGCUACACAAACCGUUGAGAGUAGUUCUAGAUCUGGUCCAAGACGAACUACUGUAGGGGCUUUAUUGAAACCGUUGAAUUCAGAAUAUGGUAAAGUAGCUCCGGGGUGGGGAACUACUCCUUUAAUGGGUGUUGCAAUGGCUUUAUUUGCUAUAUUUCUAUCUAUUAUUUUAGAAAUUUAUAAUUCGUCCAUCCUUUGGUUUACCUAUCUCAAUAAAGUCUAUGAUUGGUUCGAAGAACGUCUUGAGAUUCAGGCGAUUGCCGAUGAUAUAACUAGUAAAUAUGUCCCUCCUCAUGUCAACAUAUUCUAUUGUUUAGGAGGAAUUACACUUACUUGCUUUUUAGUCCAAGUAGCAACGGGGUUUGCUAUGACCUUUUAUUAUCGUCCGACCGUUACUGAGGCUUUUGCUUCGGUUCAAUAUAUAAUGACUGAGGCUAACUUUGGUUGGUUAAUCCGAUCUGUUCAUCGAUGGUCGGCAAGUAUGAUGGUUUUAAUGAUGAUCCUGCACGUAUUUCGUGUGUAUCUUACCGGCGGUUUUAAAAAACCUCGUGAAUUGACGUGGGUUACGGGCGUUGUUUUGGCUGUAUUGACCGCAUCUUUUGGUGUAACUGGUUAUUCCUUACCUUGGGACCAAAUUGGUUAUUGGGCAGUCAAAAUUGUAACAGGAGUACCCGAAGCUAUUCCCGGAAUAGGAUCGUCUGUCGUGGAAUUAUUAAGGGGAAGUGCUAGUGUAGGACAAUCUACCUUGACUCGUUUUUAUAGUUUACAUACUUUUGUAUUACCUCUUCUUACUGCUGUAUUUAUGUUAAUGCACUUUCCAAUGAUACGUAAGCAAGGAUGGAUCAAUAAGAAUUCACCUAUCCCAAUAACAAAAAAACCUGACUUGAAUGAUCCUGUAUUAAGAGCGAAAUUGGCUAAAGGAAUGGGUCAUAAUUAUUAUGGAGAACCCGCAUGGCCAAACGAUCUUUUAUAUAUUUUUCCCGUAGUUAUUCUGGGUACUAUUGCUUGUAACGUAGGUUUAGCAGUUUUAGAACCAUCAAUGAUUGGGGAACCCGCGGAUCCAUUUGCAACUCCUUUGGAAAUAUUGCCGGAAUGGUAUUUCUUUCCUGUAUUUCAAAUACUUCGUACAGUGCCCAAUAAGUUAUUGGGCGUUCUUUUAAUGGUUUCGGUACCCGCGGGAUUAUUAACAGUACCCUUUUUGGAGAAUGUUAAUAAAUUCCAAAACCCAUUUCGUCGUCCAGUAUCAACAACCAUCUUUUUGAUUGGUACUGCAGUAGCCCUUUGGUUGGGUGUUGGAGCAACAUUACCUAUUGAGAAAUCCCUAACUUUAGGUCUCUUUUAAAUUGAUUCACUUGUGAAUUAAAAUCUCAUAUAUAUUGGGUAUCUAGGGAGAAUUCACUUUGAAAGGACUACUCUCUAGAUACAUCUUUGAACCUACUCUCAGUAUGUAGAUUUUUUCUAAAUUUUUCUAAAGAUAAAGAUUCAAACUCCAUAUUUUCAUCUUUUUUUUCUUUCUUUUUUAUAAAAAAGAAAGAAAAAAAAGAUGAAAAAAACCUAAUGGAUUUCCAAUUUAUGCAAAAUGCUUUUCUUUCAAUUUCGAAUUUCUAAAAUGUCCAAGAUAUGUUUUACAUCUUCUAUCCGAAAAUCUUCUAUUUUCAUAAGGUUUUCGUGACUGGUAUUAAAAAGGUCCAAUAAUGUAUGUAUAUUGGACCUUUUGAGACAAUUAUAGAUCCUGGGAGGCAAUUCUAAUUGGUCAAUAAAAAAAGAUUUUAAUUCUAUCUCUUUUUUGUUUUUUCUUAGUUUAGCCAAUGUAUCAUGAAAAGUGAAACCGGGUAAAGUAACUUUGUGUUGAUUUUUUUCUAAUUUCAAGUUUUCUGCUCCCGCAUGUAAAAAAGGAAUAAAUAGGUCAAUCAAAUUACGGGAGGCUUCAUAAAGCGCUUCUUUAGGAGUUAAACUCCCAUUUGUCCAUAUUUCGAGAAAGAGUAUUUCUUGUUUUUCAUUCCCAUUCACAUAAGAAUGAAUACUAUGAUUUGCGUUUCGAACAGGCAUGAAUACUGCAUCUAUAGGAUAACUUCCGUCUUGAAAGUUUUUAGUCUUUUUAUACAAUAUCCGCGAUUCCUCUCGAUUUGUAAUCUAAUACACAAAUUAAUGGGUUCUAUUAGGUUAGCUAUAUGUUGCGUAUUAUCAACAAUUUCCACAGAAGGUGGUAAAAUGAUGUCUUGAGCGGUUACAUAUCCGGGACCGUUGAUACAAAUAGAUGCGUCUCGAGUCCCAUACAGAUUACUUCUCAAUACUAUUUCUUUCAAA